AUGAGUUGCAGUGUUAGUGUAGCCAAGCUGAGAAAAAUCGGCGUCUCCUGUCUGCAGGACACGCUGAAGAACCUGUAUAACGUGCAUGUCAAACUGAUGUGUGCAUCGUCUCCUUUCGAAUCCAACACUGAACUACCCGUGUACAUCAUCACCAAUAUAAACGAAGUCUGUGAGAAAGUGAAGGAAAGGCUCAGCUACAUAUUUGACAAUGAGGAGGAUCCACACUACAAGACGUUUGCCAAUCUGGGAAAGAACAUCAUUCAUGCGACUACCGGCAGCAGUAUCAUUUGUAAUCUGAAGAAAUUCUACCAAGAGAGCUGGGCAGUGAUUAAAGAAUGGGAAGCUGAGAAUGAACUUUUUGUCGGGGUGAUUCCAAAACCCAGGGAAUCCAGUUAUUUCACCAUCGAUAGCGAUGACGAAAACCAAAAGUCAUAUGUUAUCUGGGAAAAGGAAACUUUGGGAGAAGACUUCAUUGGAGCCGUCAGCCGCAUGUUGCGGUUUCUGAGAGUUGAGCAUCGACAGCCCACUCCCGAUGAGUACAUUGCACAGCACUUAGCCUACAUGGAGAUUCACAAUGGGAAAUGGAGUCGGCACGAGCAGAUUCGAUGUCUGGGUACACCAGGGUUCCGACCACACACUCAGACCUACAUGUCUCUAACCGACCCUGGUGAGGGUCACGUCAUGGGCACAACAAGAUUCCACGAGUGGAUGGAAGGUGCUAUUGUACACGUUGAGCAUUUGGAGCGGCCCAACCAUCUGGAUAGGCAACACAUUGAGUCUUACAGAGCUCCCUCUGUGCUGGACUUUUCCAGAGUUCGCCUGCACGUAGGUUCUUCAGCUCCAACGACCUACUUUCUUGGCAGAGCUGUAAAAGAUUCUGGAAACUUCGAUGAAGACUUCCUGAAGAUCGUUCACAUCACAGCUGCUGCAGCAUCUGCCGCCUUUUUCAUGGGCGCAGCAGAGUGUAAAAUUGCAAUGGAAGGCCUGUCUACAUCGCAAGCCAUGCGAUACAUGCAUGCCCUCAGAGCUCAGGUCCAGCGUUCAAGAACCCAAUAUUUGUCUGCAGCCUGGAACUUGAAUCAAGACCUCGUUAAUGAUUACGAGGUCGAAGAGCCAGUCAUUCUUUCAGAACGGAUCGACAUAGCCAUGAAAGCUGUCAUGAUUACUUCCCUUGGAGGCUUUGAUAAAAUCACCUGGGAUGGAGCCAGCGAUACAUAUCCUUCCAAAUGCAUCAUGUAUCAGCUGACAUAUGAAGAAGCACUAAGGAUUGUCCAUGAAGCCCACCUGAAGGGAUUGGUCACCUACUUCUCGGCUGGUUUCAAGUUCGAGGAAAUAAAACACGCAGUCUACGCUGGAGUCGACGGGAUCGGUAUUGGUGGUGCACAGGUUCUGAGGUUUAUGGACAGUCAAACAGGCAUGCACGGCCCAUACACUGAAGAGAACAUACCUACCAUCUUAAAGAAAAGAGAUGAAGCCGCAGCAAGUCUACGUGGUAGGGCAGUUGAAUUGCUGGUUCGUCUUGAUAUCAUGUUCUACGAAGGCUCAAUCACCCGCCCCCAAGAAUACAUGAGACAAAAACUGUUCAAAGCCCUGUUGGCUAUCGACGAGGAGGAGAUCACAGAACUAAUGAAUCAGCUUACUGACGUGGUAAAACUUCCUCGUGAAGGCAACACGCCAUUUCUGUACAGAGCCAAGCGUAUCGUCGAGGCUGAAAAUCCCAUGUUGAAAGACUAUUGCUCUAAAGAAGAGUGGGACAGCUUUGUUAAGAUCCUGAAAUGUCUCAUUGUAGCUCGAGAUGAGCGGUCUCUUGUGGAAGAAUACGACAGUGAUCCAUGGCUCUCAAUCAGACAACGCUAUCGACUCAGCCAGUGUCCAAGGGACUCCCGAGUGUGCUAUGUUCGUCAGACAUCAUUCAACAUUCCUUACAGAGCCUAG